CGUUUCACCCGUGCCACCGCGACAGCCUCUCGUCCCAGAAGCUAGCAGCGCAAAACCGAACAACAGCUGAGUUUGCACGAAGAUCCCGCGAAUCACCGCAACGUUAAAUCCAACUCCAGCACCGGACACGGACACGCGUGACCGUCGAGAGCCAGAGAAGCCACUGCCAGCCGUGGACACCUCGGAAACGGCGCAGGGAAGAAGCAGCAGCGCGUCCAGCAAACCCCGGCAAACAAAGAGGUCCCCAUCUUCAACGACAACAUUUUUCCUCCAUAUUCCAUAGUUAUGAGUCAUGUGGCCAUCGAGAAUGCCCACGGCCUGGAGCAGCAGCUUGCUGUCCUCGACUUGAGUGCUGCAGAUGGACAAAUUGGAGGCAAUAGCAGUAAGCAUGCAAAAUCAGGAAAUGCCUUCGCCGCUGGUCGACAAGGUGUCUACGCCAUGGCGCCUCCAGCCAACUUCGGUUGGGACGGAGGGCGCAACAACUUUGUGAAUGGCUACCAUGACAACCGCAUGGCCGGCAACACAUUUAAUCGGGGCCCGCCUCGCAUGGAGCGGGGAAGAGGCGGCGGAGGCGGUUAUCGUGGUAACAGAGGAGGAGCCUUCAACCCCAUCAUCCCAGCACAGCCAAUGGGAUUUGGUAGCUUCGAAAACAAAGAUGCAGGCGGCUGGAACACGGCUAAGGACGCCUAUAGCAAUUUUGGUAACAACCGAGGGAAGUCUGCAUUCUUCAAUGACAGGGGCAACGCUAACAGAGGGAGGUUCGACCAUGGUGGAUUUGGUGGUGGUGGAGGAGGCGGAGGAGGAAACAGCCGCUGGGUGGAGGAGCCCCUGAAUGAAGGUGAUUGGUCCAAACCAACACCACGUAACGAACGCCUUGAAAAUGAGCUGUUCGCGGCCAGUAACACAGGCAUUAACUUUGAGAAAUAUGAUGACAUUCCCGUUGAGGCCACAGGGCAGAACUGCCCCCACCACAUUGAUAGCUUCCAAGAUGUGGACAUGGGUGAGAUUAUCAUGAACAACAUCGCUCUGAGUCGCUACACCAGACCGACUCCUGUCCAGAAAUACGCCAUUCCAAUCGUCAAGUCAAAGAGAGAUCUCAUGGCAUGCGCACAGACAGGUUCUGGAAAGACUGCAGCAUUUCUGCUGCCAAUUCUCAGCCAGAUCUACAACGAGGGACCAGGAGAAGCUACUAAUGCAGCUAAAACCUCCGGACAGGAGAAUGGGAAGUACGGACGUCGUAAGCAGUACCCAAUGGCUCUGAUACUGGCUCCAACCAGAGAGCUGGCUUUGCAGAUAUAUGAUGAAUCCAGGAAGUUUUCCUACAGGUCCAGAGUGCGUCCUUGUGUUGUGUAUGGAGGAGCAGACAUUGGCCAGCAGAUCAGAGACCUGGAGAGAGGCUGCCACCUACUGGUGGCUACACCAGGAAGACUGGUAGACAUGAUGGAGAGGGGCAAGAUUGGACUGGACUACUGCAACUACUUGGUCCUGGAUGAGGCAGAUCGCAUGUUGGACAUGGGAUUCGAACCGCAGAUCAGGCGCAUUGUGGAGCAGGACACCAUGCCACACAAAGGCCUGCGACAAACCAUGAUGUUCAGUGCUACUUUUCCUAAAGAGAUCCAGAUCCUGGCCAGGGAUUUCCUAGAGGAGUACAUCUUCCUGGCAGUGGGCAGAGUGGGUUCCACCUCAGAGAACAUCACUCAGAAAGUGGUGUGGGUGGAAGAGAGCGAUAAGAGGUCUUUCCUCCUGGACCUGCUCAGUGCUACAGUCAUCCCGAGCGAGGUACAGGACAAUACUGGAGACAACAUAGAGAAACCUGGCAAGGACUCAUUGACUCUGGUUUUUGUGGAGACCAAGAAAGGCGCCGAUGCCUUGGAGGACUUCCUUUAUCGGGAGGGCUACGCCUGCACCAGCAUCCAUGGUGACCGCUCCCAGAGGGACCGAGAAGAGGCCCUGAGCCAGUUCCGAUCAGGAAAAUGCCCCAUUCUGGUUGCCACAGCGGUGGCAGCUCGGGGUCUGGACAUCUCCAACGUGAAGCACGUUAUUAACUUUGAUCUGCCCAGCGACAUAGAGGAGUAUGUCCACCGCAUCGGGCGUACAGGAAGAGUCGGAAACCUGGGAUUGGCCACAUCGUUCUUCAAUGAUAAGAACGGGAACAUCACUAAAGACCUGCUGGACAUCCUUGUAGAGGCCAAACAGGAAGUUCCCUCUUGGCUUGAGAGCCUGGCCUAUGAGCACCAGCAUAAGAGCACCAACAGAGGACGUUCCAAGAGGUUUGCUGGAGGGUUUGGAGCACGUGAUUAUCGUCAGACAGCCGCUGGAGCUAACGCCGGAGGGUUCGGAGCACGCGGAGGACGCAACCAGCCAGGACAUGGAGCAGCCCGAGGCUUUGGAGGAGCUGGAUUUGGAAACUUCUACGCCAGUGACGGCUACGGCGCCAACUACUCGCACCCUCAAGUUGACUGGUGGGGCAACUAGGUUCCUCCUCUUUCCUCCAUCCCUUCUCCUUCACUCAUUCUUCUUUCUUCUUUUCACCCAUCAUCCUCCCUCAUUUCCCCCACUGUCGUCUGCACUCCGUCUGUCUACAUCCCUUCCAUAAACCCCAAGAAUCCAUGUGCAUGUUAUUGGACUAUUUAUACUCGUUUAUAUAGCCCCCCUUCCAUCUCUAUGCGCUUAAAUCUUUUAAUUCCUCUUCUAUCCAUCUCCACCUUCGUCGUUACAGUUUUCGGUUUGAUUUUUUGAUUUCUUAGUUCCCGAUGACUCUCGCCUAUUACAAUUGGUCACAGUUAAAAAGGAUUCUUCAAUUUUUAGCGGGUUAUUUUUUUUUUAAACACUAGCCACAGGUUUACUUCAAGCUAGCAGCAUCCUUUGUUUUCAGCGAGGACAUUUUAAAGUAUUUUUCCCUCUGUGACACGUCUGAAGAGAAAUAACCAGUUCUAAAGUUUUACAUGUUCUUUUAUAUGAUACACACAAGAUUGACAGCGUGUGGACUUCUCCAUAACAGUUGCAGAAGACGGAGGGAUAUUCAUUUAUUUCAGUUAAAGAUUUUAGUUUUGGCUUUAUUAUUUUUGUCUAUAUUCACCCAAAGCCAGCUCCCUGUGUCCCUCCACACGCCAUCUUUGUAUGUAACGCAUGGCCAUGUUGUAAAUCACCGGCCAGGAACUUUUCUAAAACAUGCGCGGAGAAAGGUGAGGCUGAGGUGUACUUCACUUACAUCACAGAUUCUUAAAAAGGGGUAACGAAACCGCAAAAAGUUGUUUUUUGUCACCUUUUUAAAACAAUCGUUUCAAGAGAAUAAUGAGACUGAGGAGACGAGGAGCUGGGACGCUUCCGGUGGUUGUUAAUAUCACAAUGACAAAUAGCAUUUCUUUGUUUGAAGCAAAACAUAAUGGAGAAUCAUUUGUUUCUGUACUGUGCCUUUCAGCAGUUGAACUUUUGUCCCUUGUUUCCAUUGUUUUUAUUGCCAUUAUGCGUUCAGGGCCACAAGUAUCGGCCAACUGUGACUGAAAAGAAAAAGUGUAUUCAAUGUCAUGUAUGGGUUCAGUCAUGUUUUCUUUAUUUCUAUUUGGAAGGAAACAAACUAGGCUUGAACUAAAUCAAACCUUGGCAAAAAAAAAAACUAAAUAAAAACUGUGGUGAGGAACCUCAACACUGUUCCUUAUCUGUCUAUUGAAGUUCAAAUUCAUCUGGAGGUCUCUGAUGAGCUGAUUCCCAACUGCGUAUCACCACUGCUGCCACAUCUGUAUUUUUUCAACACCCUCUUCCAGAGCCUAGAAAUUGGAUUCAACAAAACAUUGCAUUUGGCUUUAAAUAGAGACAACAGCAGUGGUUUUAUGCCUUUGGGAAACAAAGUCUGACUCAUUGACCUGUAUGUCACAUCUAUAGCUCUGGUUUGAGCUCGAGUUUGAGUUUCUCAAAACCAUGUGGUCACUAAUUGUUGGGUCACUUAAUGCUCAACAGGGAGUCACUGAGAGAGAGUUUGGUUCUGCUCUGCAGCAGCAGAUGCGUCGUUUUGCAUCUUGUAGUCUUUACCUUCAAAUAUGUGGUUCUAAAAAAAUGUUAUAUUAGAUUAGACCUGUUAGGGUUAGUAGUUCAAGUUCAACAGUAACAAAUCUUCAUCAGUGACUCUGGAUGGUCAGAUGACUCUUAGUGCCACCGUGCUCUUGGGAAACUGGCUCUGCUUCCACCACAAACAUUGAAAAACCCUUGUUUGCCAAAAAGCUUCUUUCAAGGGGAAACACAACUUUUAAAAAACGGCUAUAAUAGUUAAAAAAUAUUCUUGCUCACUCUAUCCUGGAGAGUUACAUGAAGAGUCUUCUCUAAAAUAAGUAAUUCCAGUUUAUUUGUUAGGUCUUACAGAUCCGUUGAGGUCGGGUAUAAAAGUAGAGAAUCUGUAGCUUAAUCUGUUUCACAGCAGGGAGAUGCUGGGGCUUCUGGGAGAUAUAACCACACGUCUGUAGCACAUUUUAGUCAUUGUGUCGUCAUGUCUUACUGUGCUGUGUUCCACCCAUGUCCUAUCAGCCUUAGAUUGCAGGUGAUUCCCUUAUUAUUCAUUGAGUUUUUCGAAUUAAGUCAAAUCAUUCACGGCAAUGUUUUCAAGAAAUCAGCCGACAAAGCAGCCCCCAGAUUUCCGACGCACAUCAGAGUCAAAUCAUGUUCUUCGUAACCAACCGCUGCACCCGUCACUUUCUAUGUCGGCUGAACACCAGCAGCAGGUUGGCAUUAGCCGCCGCUGAGAUCCUUCCAGCUACUGGACGUGACUGCUGCUUCCUUCCUGUGCGUCUAGGUUAUUGUGAAAUGAUGCAACACUGCUGGUGGGUGCAGCAUUUCAACAGAUCUCUAAAUCACCCAGCUAUUGUCCAAGGAUGAAUAAUCAGAACAUUUUGGGAGCUUCUGGUGUAGACGGUGGAUAUCCGGGCCAAGACUCAGACUUCCGUUCACUCUACACUGUUGACAGUCCAAUUAGUUUAUUUGUAUCAUACAAAGUGAGAUGUGUAAUGUCUAGACAAAAUGUUGGCCUAAUCUCUAGUAACAGCUGAGUGCAAAUACAUUAAAAAAACUUUGACCAGCGCUGUCCCACCUUAUUCCAAAGAAUCCUUGCGUCUGCAUAGCACAGUAAGAUAUAGGACAGAUAAAGUGUGCUAAUGGACAAGUGGCAUAAAAGAACUGAAGAUUUAAGAACCUUGAUAUAAUUAAUGCUUGAUCCCUGGUUAGCCCCACUUUGCUCUGCCGUGGAACCAGGCUACAAGUAGCAGUUGACCUGCACCCAUGAUGUCCGUGUUGGGUCCCAGUUUGAACAUAUAAGAGAACCUCCACUGUCAUUUGAAUGAUUCAGUGGUAGAAGCCCAAUCCCCCACUGUGUCUUAUCAGCAGCAGAAUAUGCCAAAAUGCACUGUUGCUACCUGGUGGGGAAAUUUAUUAUUUCUUAUCAGGGUAUUAAUUUGUUUUGUUUACAUCGAUAAUUUUUAGUGAAAUAAAGAAAAUCUAGGUUGUGUGUAUAUAGUUAGGCUCUUUAAAAUAGAAUGAGAAGAAUCUCCACUGAAAAAGAAUGUGAAGCAACACUUGAUGUGUAGAAGAUUAUCUUUGAUCACUCGACAUUGGACCACGCAGUGUCUGUCAAACUGAGCUCAGUGGGCAAUUUGAAGCGGCUCAGCAGAUUUAUUCUUUACAGUUUUGUACACACACGAUCAGAUUCCCUCAAAUUGCCCACUGGCUUUGACACAGGACAAGGCUGGACCAAGGCAACAAAACAUGCAAGUGUUGUUUUUUGGUCAAGGAGUUAAAAAUGCCAAACCAAUGAUUACAAUUCUACAGCAGGCUUUAGUUAUUAUUUUUUUCCCGUCUAUUUUUUAUUUUAUUUUUUACACUUCUUGUCGUGCUCGGGUCGGUCGUUGAAUCCGUGUCCCUCGAGUACAAGUUGAUUAGGAGGUUCAGCGAAGUAGUUGGCGCGAUUCGAGAGGAGUUUGAGGCUGAGUUGAUGCCAGAGGACUGAGCAGACAGCGGAUCACAUGCUAAAUCUUUUUUGUGUCGAUUUUCCACAAAAGCUUCUCUUUGUGGCCGGAGAGUCAGUCGUAGCAGGCGAGGGAAGACGCAGCACACGCGACCACGUUUCUUUCAGUUGCUGUUUUAAAUGUUACUGUAGCGCAUCGUUCUCUCUGUUCUAAUAUCGGCUGAACUACAAUGAAGCACUGGUUAAAUCGGUGUUGACCGGAACUGUGUCGAGGUGUCCCAAAAAAAUGAUUUCAGCUCAUGAUAAACGAUUCAACACACUUCUCCUGCAGCAAUGGUGGAUAGUCUCCGUCUUUAGAUUUCUUAGAGCAACUGUUAAAUGAAGGAAGAAGAAUAAGAAUCGGCAGCAGUGGGAUAGAAAUUAGUGACUGGACAAUAUGUUGAAGAUAGUAUUGCAGAUGACAAUCACUAAUGAAGGAUUUAUUUAGUUUAGAAUUCACUUAACACGUGGACAGAUUUCUUUUUUAAGUUGCACUUUUUCUUGGACACCGGGAAACGUAGAGACUGAAACUCCUUACACAGUUGAUGAUACACAAUCUUUAUUGUGUUACGUUUCCCAUAAGCGUCUUGAAAUCCCCUCAUUGUUGAUGUUUUUGAGCUUUUUUUUUUUUUUGGAGGAGGGACAUUUUGACGCUUUCAGACACUGGUUUCAUAUCAGUGUUUUUAAAUAUUGGCUGAAUAUGACGAGUUUGGCAGUGACAAACUGACACCGUUACACAGUCCCUGUUUCGAGGGGGAAAUUGUCAGCAUUGUGACUUGAAACCGUGGCUCUUUAUGCAGCUGGUGCAGUUCAAUAAAAAGUCCACGUAUGUUUAAAAUACCUUCAAGAAGGAAAUGGUGUCAGUUAAAAGGUUGAGAAAGAAUAUGGUUCCGUGUUGACAUUGCCGUGCCUUCUAACAGCCACUAGGGGGCAGAUAGACUAACUGUAGAAUAAUGGUGUGAUUACAGGCUGCAGGGGAGUGACUGGGCAUUUCACAUAAGGUGAUUCCGAUGCUAGGACUUUAUGAUUUAAGGCAGGGUCUGAGCAUGUUGUUGACUGCUGGUAGUGUAGAUAGGAAUUUUGAACUUUUGCGAUUUACAGCAGGGAAUUGUUGGAACUUGAGUUUACCUCACUCUUCAUCUUGUGUACAGAGCAAAUCUCGUCAGCUCGUAGUGUUUCGGAGCACGCACAUAAAUAUGCAAUGUAUCCAGGUCUCUUUUUUUUUUCUAGGAAGACAGACUAUAAUCGAUCAGCUGUAGUUACUUUUGAACUGUGUUGGAAUAACACUUAAACUACCACUGUGCCCCAAACCCCACCACCCAUUUGGUCAAAACACCCCUCCCCACCCCUGCAAGGCUCUGGGCCUCUACAGGAAGUGCAAUAGAGAUCCAGCUACAGACUCCCCAGGAUGUCACUCAGCACAAGUGCUGAGCAUUCGCGGGGUUAAUCACAAUUAAAACAUGACAUUAUACAUUUUCCAGUUGUUGUGCAAAUCAAUGUUUCCAACAGAUUUAGAAAACUUUCAGAAAGAUGAGUAAAGGCCAAGAGAAAUAUAAUUUAGUUGCUGUGUUGUGUUCCAUUUUGGAUUCCUCUCACUUCUGUUGUUUGCUUUUUAGCCACAGAAGUAGCAGAGCUCAGUGGAUGGAGGUUAGUUCAUCCAUCACUGUUUCCCAGACAGAUUUGUCUCUGUUUUUGCUAAUGAAUCCUAACGAUCCCUGUAUCAGUUUUGUUAAUUCAAGGCAAGAAGUGCUCAGAUUUUUCCCUCUGAAAGAAAACGUAGUAUUUUUUAAACUCAGCACUUUAUUUUAUGGUUUUUGAAUAUUUUUCAAAGACUUUUUUUGAUGCCUUAAAUUCAAAGCUGAUACUCAGCCCUAAUGGAGCCGAUCGGGAAGUUGGUUACACUUGUAAACAGCAUUAUCACGGCAACAGAUACACCGACACUGUCACCAUGGCACGAUGCGUCGCUGCUGUAACUUCACUUGCCAGCAGGAGUAUUUUGAUGGUCAGUGACCAAUUACUGGUGCUAUGUCCCAUUGCUGCGGCCUGCAGGCCCCUCUGUUGUAGAAUAUCUUCAAACCCCGAUAGGUUUUACAAAAUAUACUUUAGUUUGUUACUUUAGUCCUCUGUAGCACACGUCCUUCAAAACCUCGAGGGGUAUGUAUGCGUGAGUGAGUGUGAAAUAGAAGGAGAGGUUUCUCAACAAUACAGUGUGUAUGUGUGUGUGCAUGAGUGUCGUAUGGAAAGGUUCUUCCACAUAUGAAACAGUUCUUUUGUUUUUUUUUCGGGACCAGGUGGAGUUCUAGUUAACAGCAACCGUGGGAUUCAGCUGUUCGCGCGCAGUUCUCGAGUCUACUUUCGCUGCUAGUUUGUGUAAUUUAUCAAGCAUUUCUGAGAAAUAUUUAUUUUUAUAAGCCUAAUACAAAAGUUGAUAUUUUACAAAGUGACUUGACCAAAAGACAGUAAACAAAAACACUGGCACUUGAAUGUUGAAUGUCAUUGGUAUGAGUGAAAUUUCUAUUUUUCUGGGGUAGUGUGAGCUUUUUAAUGUUAAAGAUGCAACGUGCAGGGAUUUCUCUUUGGAUAUGUCACUGUUACAAGCUUUCUUAUACAAAUCUAGGUCCAAAAGCAACAAUACUGUCACUGGUGCCAAAAGGCUGAACAUCCCAAUACAAGAGUUUCUCUAAUACAGGCCGAAACAAAGGUUUUUACACCAUGUGCACAUCUUUCUUUAUUUUAAUUAUAUUUUACAGCCGAGCAGAAUUUAAAACCACAUUUAAGUUCACAAGAUUUAAACCAAAUUUGAUUUGAGAAAAUGCGUUGGUAAACUCUCUCUUCUUUCUCCUGUACAAUACGUGAAGAUGUGCACGUGGUGUCGCAUGAGCUGAAGCACUGGCCCUUAUUGUGACAGUGAUGUAUCAAGAGAAACGUCCUACACCAGUUACCUUUAAAGUCACAUUGGACUCAGUAUCAGAUCCAUAAAACUUGUUUGUGCGACAGGUUCCAUUGCCAAUAAUGAUAAUCAUCCAUAAACAGCCAUUUUUUAAUUGGCAAACAAAAUUUGAGACAAUACCACCAUGUAUGCCAAGGUUUGGAUAAAAAAUAAAAUAAAUCAUUACGAUCAAAGACCAUUUUGUAGAAAAAAAGAAGUAAUUUAAAAAAAACAUUCAGUACAAAAAACAAGUGUCCAGAUUCUCUCCAAGUCGGUUGUUUUUUUUCUUUUCAUUUGAGUCUUUACACUUUUCCUUCCCGUUAAAAAAACCCUUUGUGGUGAAUGUCUGGCAAGUGGCGACCUUCAAAGUCUUCAUAACACAGAAUUAACUGUGGUUCUAUUGCUAUGUUGUUGUGAUUUGCAUAUUUUCAGGCGUCAGUGUGUGAACUCUGUCUCUGGGGAGAUUCUGGCCAGUCAGAAAUGAGGAUCCACUCUGCGGUCCUUUUUCUUUUGCAACAUGCGGCUGAUCUGUCGUGCAUGAGAAUCUCCACGUAGCUUGUAUUUCUACUGAAGGUCCACUUAGCAGAGACACUCUGUAGUCUCUAUGACUGCAGCAACACUGGACCAGAAUUCAUUGCAGCCAAAGUGAAGCUGUGAUCACGGAAACAUCAACCGCUGGUGAAUAAUCACAUUUUAUAGCGUUUUCUGUGCAAACACACACACACUCUGAUAUUUGCACGAGGAAGGUUAUGGCUCCUCUGCCGUUAUGGCAAACGGCACUCCUGGAAACCCGGUACACACGAACACUCUGCGGCUUUAUUUCAUUUUCAGUUGGAUUAUCUUUAGAAAGUGAUCCAAUGUUGAAUAAAGGAAAGUGUGUAGACUUAUUUAGGAAUGGUUUCCGCUUAGACACUGAAAUGAAAUGAAGCCCGGUGUUGUGUCCAUUACUGACUGGCCAGAAGCCCCCUCCCCGGCGUGAACACGCAGCAGCACCGGCCUGGUAGUUAGCAUUUGCUUUAUGUAUUAGUUUUAGCAGUUGUGCACGAAGAGGAGCACUGCACGAAGAGAAGAAAACUGUGCAUCUGUUCUGAUUUUACCACAAAUAAAGGUUUGGAUUUGCAAAUGUUA